CAGCAAACAAGCAAGCAAACACACAAACGAGCAAACAAGCAUAUCAACAAACCACAUGCACUAAGUCCUUAGGGAUACAUCUGCAUGCAUAUGUUGCUAUCAAUCCCGUCAACAGCUGGCAAUGACUCUUGCUUCGCUUCGCUUCGCAUGCGCGACGCUGUGUAGGUAGGCACCUGAAGGGAAUGGAGCGGUCGUUGCUUCAAUGGCGCGCAUGGUGGCCCUAGCGCAAGAAGUAACCUUGUAUCCAUUGACCACUGACCUUUCCUUUCAUGUUAGGGGAACCUUCUCAGGGCUCCGCAAUCCAAUCCAAUCCCAGCCUUUGCACACAGUCCCAGGCCCCAGGGCCGUCCCAGUCCAGGUCCCUCUCUUUCUCAGUCUUUCUCUCGCACUCCCUCCAUCCCUCUCCCUCUCCCUCUCUGCGUCUGCCAGUUUUGUUCGAGUCCCCCAACUGCUGGACCGCUCUGGCCUCUCGCUCCUCCUUCCCCGUCGCCCGUCCCGUCCUCUCCUUUGCUUUGCUUUCCCAAAACCAAACCCAUUAUCCGAGCAACCAACCUACCCAUCUUGACGCUGGCAAUCCUUUCCCCCCCCAAUCCAAUCACCCCCCGACGCUCUUUCCUUUGUCGAUUCGCUUCGAUCGAAACCGGCCUUUAUCACUCUCUGAAUUCCCCCGCCGUCUCGUUGCUGAACGUCCUUCUCACAACACCACCGCCGCCGCCGCCGAAUCCUCUGCUGUAGCCGCCGCCACAGCCUCUUCUUCUACCUCUCGUCAGCGGCAGGAUCAGGUCCAUCAGCCUCGCCUCGACGACAAAUCAUCACGACGACAACCCGCUGACGCUUCCGUCACCGCCGCGUCGUCCUCGAUUCCGUCGUCGUCCAAGUCUUCAGCCCCCCGACCCACCGCCGCGAUGCCUCAGUACACCUCUCGUGAUGUCGGCGACCCGUCGCAGAUUAAGAAGAACAAGCAGUCGAUGGCCGACCUAAAGUUGAGACGACUGACGGAACUCAACAACCGCUUGCGUGAAGACCUUGAGAGGGAGCGCAUUCCCGUGAGCAAUGCUUCUAAGAGUAUCAUCGCCUACUGCAACAGCACGAGGGACUACAUGGUUCCAUCAGUUUGGGGUGCCGUCCCCCGCGGUGAAGACCCUUAUGCACCACAACAAAGCGGCGGAUGCUGUGUGGUAAUGUAGAGCAAUGUUUCUCAUGGGUCAGCGGUGUUGGUAUCGGAACAAUCGAAACGCUCCGAUCGGAUUGUCAUUUUUCUCUUUUUACGCGUGGAAUACCAAACCCCCCAGGGCUAUGGGGAUUGCAGCAACCUCCCAAAAACAGCGAGCGAACCCCGAUCUCGAAGAACCGGAAAAAAACGGUAUUGGUUUUAUUACGCGGUCGUGGAAUCAUCGUAAUUCAAAAGUCCUAGACCAGCACGGAGUCGAGGAAAAGCACAAAAUUGUCCCCAGCAUUGGGAAGGGGCAAAAGGUCCAAUGUUACCAGCCAAGAGACAUGUCUUUUCACCCUUGCCUCUACGGAACAAGGCGAAAAGACACCGACAGCGACACACGGGUCAGUAAUGUUGGGGAACGACCAAGGUCAGCUAGGAGGUAGGCGAAAGAGGAAGCGGGAGGGGAUGCGAGAGAGUGAAGAGGCAAUGGCCUCUGCUACGAUAAUGCUUCUAUGUUGUCCAAUUUCUGCUGUCAUUGGGGAGGAGGAGGUCACGGGGGGAGGCUUUUUUUUCCGGUGGGCAGCUCUUCAGCAUGUAAUAAUUCUCUUGAUGUCCUGUACUCCUUCCACUUCAGCGGUUUGUCUCGUCUGCUCCCCUUCCACAAUAUUCCGCACCGAGUGUGUGAAUAGCUUCGAUCUAUCAAUCACCUUAUCUCCGUGAAAGAGGGAAGAGAGAAGAGAAGAAAACCUCCAUUUUCCGUGGCUGCUUAUGUUGAUUGGAAUGUGCACUGGACAGUGCAUUGCUGAUGGCAACUAGCCAACCUUAGUAUUGUCGAUAUGCAUCCUGAAGCACAAUCCAUGGAAUGAAUAGGUGGGUUCCACAGGAGGGCAGAUCGUCAAAGCCCCUUCCCAGGCUUGCUUCAGAGUACACUGCACAUGCCUGCGUCGCGCUUGUGGAGCCACGAAAUCACUCGCAUCUGCGGCGGUGGCCCC